ACGUCGGACCCGCGGCUGCCCUACAAAGUGUUAAGUGUGCCUGAAAAUACACCUUUCACAGCUGUCUUAAAAUUUGCUGCAGAAGAGUUCAAAGUUCCUGCAGCUACAAGUGCCAUUAUAACAAAUGAUGGAAUAGGAAUCAACCCUGCACAGACAGCAGGAAAUGUUUUCCUAAAGCAUGGUUCAGAACUACGGCUUAUUCCCAGAGAUCGUGUUGGAAGCUGUUAGCAUUUCCUGAUAGCAUCAUGCCAAUGAGUUAAUUGUCAUAUUUAUUUUGGAAGUCUACAGUACAACUAAAGAAUUUGCCUUUUUAAAGUUAUGUAAAAUUACUUCCUGGGUUUAAAUAUAUUAAUUAAAAUAUAGUUUACAUUACCUUUCCCUGACCCUUCCUCUAGUUAUAGAAGAAUGGUUUGAUUUAAUGCUAUAUUUUUGGGAAGAAUUAACAUGUCUCUUAGGACAUGUUAUUGAGAGCAAAAUGACAGACCUUGACAAUGGAAACAUCCAAUAGCAAUCAAUAGGUAAAUAACAGAACCCCUUAUUGUGGGGGUUAGUUUUGCAGAAGGAGAAGCUGUGCAGGGUUUUCAGGAAGGGAAACAUGUAGGAGAAAAAAAUUCCCUGCUGAAAAACCUAAAAGUAUCAUUUUACACUAUGAAUUAUGCAUUCUGUAUAUUUGCAGAAUCUAAGGCAUUUUGCUCCACUGUUAAAUAUUUCAGUUCAAAUAGAAUGGAAACUUCAAAUUGCCCUAUUACUGAAAUAUGUAGACAACAUCUAAAUGCUGUAAAUACUUGGUAAAAUUUAAGAUACUGAAAAAUAUUUAGUUAAAGAAAACAUUUACUUUUUUUAUUAAAUCUUUAGUUGAGAUUUACAGGUCAAACAAAUCUUAAUUUUUUUUACUGAAACUGAAUUUAAUAUUACUUAAUAAAGUGCUAUCAGCCCAAACAUGUUGCUAACUCACAGAUAUUGGGGAUCCCAUGAACUAUGCUGAUAUGUCACAUUCCUUUAUUAGCAAGCUAACAUUGAUUCUGUGUAAAAGUCUUUAGUUUCUUUCUUAUGUUAUGGGGGAAAGUAUUGGAAUCACUUGUGUGCAUGUAUUAAGUAUUUUUUAUAAAUUAUCACAAGGUAAAUUGUUAUUAACUGUGGACCCUUAUUAGAGAAACUAGUGCAACUUGUUUUUAACGAGUAAAAAUAUUCUGUAAGGUAGUAUGCAUUUUGUCAGAUAAAUUGCAUUUUAUCUACCCAUAAAACUGACGUUACAGAAAGUUGGACAAUAAACUGUAAUGCUUGGUAAAACAAGUAUUUGUCAUGAAUGUCUUUAGCCCAUGAGCCAAAAGAGACCUAGAAAGGAUUCAAAAGGUUGGUAUUAUAGGGUCUUCUGAGUCUCCCUUCUGAGUGAGUAUCUGCAUGUGGAGGCUCCCAUAUAUGUGCAUAUCUGAAAGGGGUGAUUUGGGCCUGUGAAUUUUUCAGCUCUAUCUUAAAGCAAUAGUUUUAUUUUGGUUUCUCUUAUCAGAAAAAAAACAAAACAAAACCCCAAUAUUUGGGGAACAGAGCAAAAAGGAGGGAGGGGGGAGAGGUUGAGGCAUCUUAUGUUCCUUUACUUACUUGCCUAAUUAGAUUGUGACAGUAAAUUAGAAAUUGUGCCCUUUGACCUUUUUAAUCAACAUACUGUGAAAUUUAUUUUAAACCAAGAAUGAACAAUGAAUUGUAAAGCAUGAUGAUUUAAGGGCAAAGUGCAUCGUUUCUAUUAAUCCAUUGCCACAGUAUAAUUAGAAUGAACAGAAUUAAUUGCUUCUAAUUAUUGUCUGCAAGACUGUUUAGCUGGGUAGCUGCUGGGGGACUAUCCGGGCCACAGAAUAUAACGUGGUUGAAAUUUUAUUUUUCUGUACAAAGGUACAAUACUUCUUUGCAAAGCAAAGUAAAUUCCAGUGUACUUUGGAAGUCUCUGUGAUAUUUUGAUGUUUAAUAUGAAAGCCAGAUAGCUAAAAGUAA